UUGUUCAGGUCGACCGGCUGUUGCUGUGAGUUGCCACACAGAAUUGCAAAUAGUUGGAUACGCGUGCACAAAUUCUAACGGGAUUUCGAAUUCCUCCGCAUUGAUUAUUUUAAUUUGGUUAUUUUCCUAGCGUCCUAUUUUAUUAUUAAAUUUUGCGAAAACUUUAAAUUAUAAUGGGUUUUCUUUAAAACAGACAUUUAUCUAUCAAACGAUUAAACAAUUCAUUUGUGCCUUUGACAAUUAUUAAAUAUAACAUAACAUAAAAAAGUACUGAAAUCCAAAGGGUUUUCUAUAAGAUGGACAAUACAAAUUCUGGUAUUAAUUCAGAGCGUUUGCUGGAACAAAUCGUGCUACUCAAUCCAACUUUAAAAUAUAAACCAGAGAAAUUGUCAGUUCUGCGUAAGCGUAUGGAGGACCAACUGCUGGGCGAGGCAGUGGUACAAAUUGAGCAUAUGGAGCCCCUUUAUGAUAAGUGGGAGGAAAGAGUGAAGCAACAAAUUUACCACCUCAAACGUUUUUUAAAAGAAGAUGACGACGAAAACAAAAGUCAAACAAAAGCAAGCGAUGAAGAAAUAAAAGAGGAGAUACAGAGGGGUUCAAGUGAUGACGAUGAAUCUCUUAUAAUUCGCAGAUCACGGCAUCAUAACGGAAACGCAAAACGAAUUAGGGAUGAAUCUAGCGAGCGAGGUUACCUUUUUGACAAAUACGAAGACGUUCCGCUUUCUUUGCGUAGAACGCCGCGGAAACGCAAACGAUCGUCCAAAUAUAUAUCACCGGCGAAAUCAAAGAGAAGUUACCAUUCAAAUAACAGUGUGAGUUUCCACAGGAAAGGUAAUCACCACCACAAAAACCUUAGGGAAGAUUCAACGGUUUCUACGUCUGGGAUAAUUCAUCAUUGCGAACAGGAGAAUGUAUUCUCCGAACAAGGCACAUCAUCACGAACUUUCCAUUUGAAAAUCCCAUCACUUUUUAAUUCGGAUUUUCACGAAAUAAAUUUCAGUGAACUUGAAAUAACGCGCAGGGUUAUUGAUGCACGUGCACAGGCUGCUAAAGAAAGAAUUCUGCAGAAAUCCUUACAUCCCCCGCCACCACACAGUAAGAAAAAAAGAUCCUACAAGCGAAGGCCAUCCAUCUCCAUGGUGACAAGUAUCACGGACAGUGGCAGUGACCAACGAGAGAGAGAAGAAGCUGAAUUGUCGCAGUUAAUUAACGAUGUAAUCGGUACAACUGGUAGCGAGGAGGAGACAUGGAGAGCAACAAAUGCUUUGGAAAAUAUUAAUAACGAAAUAAUUGAUAAUUACAGUGUCUUGCCACAUACCAGCACUCACUCGCAACCGGAGUUCUUGGGGUUUGACAAUGAAAAAUCAGCAAAACGUCGUUAUACGAAAUCGUCAAACAAAGCCAUCAAAGAAAAGCAACCACCCAAGAAACGUGGUCGUAAACCAAAGACCCAACAAUAUUUCUCACAACCACCGACAAAGAGCAAUUUAGCCGCAUAUGUGGAAAGUUUUGGAAAUGAAUGCGAUAUGCGUGGUUCACAGACUCCGGCCGGAUCUUCGACAAGAUCACAACCUUUAGUGUCUUCAACAACGCAAAAUUUCGAACUUGUCGAUCAACAGCAUGAACCGAGCCCGGUUAUGUACUAUUUACAUGGGAAUUGGCAGAGCGGUGAUCCAUGUCAAUUGUUGACAACAGAUGUAAACUUGGCAACUGCUGGUUCUCAGUUGCCAACGAAUAAUUUAAAUAUUUCCUACGAUGAGUCGGCACGUGUUGCGGGCAUAAAUUUGCCAAUUAUUACACCAUUUCGACAACAUAACACAUUGGAUAAUUCCAUUGUGCUGCCGGUUAUGACUGAGGGCUUUAUUACAACAGCACUACAACCCCUACCGACAUCAACAAAUGCAACAGCAAGGAAUGAAUCAAUACCACCACCGGCUCACAAAUCUUCCGAAAUUCUCGAUUUAUCGAUCAAAACAAGCUCACAAUUUUCAUCCAACCCAAUCUCAAGCGUUCACAACAAUGUCAUUGUUCAUGCAGAUGUCUCGUUUGGUUGUCCAAUGGCAAUUAUGGCUGAAAAUGAAAAUGACGAUUCACCUUUAGAUCUAUCCAUAAAUGCAAAUCAAAAUAAUUCGACAAGUUCGUGUGAUCAGGAAUAUGGUAUUCUAACUGAAACUCAAUGUUGUACUGAGGUUGAUAAUGGCCAGGAUGAUGAAUUUAUACGACGCCUUAUCGAAACAAGUGACUUUGAUUUGGGCCUCGAUCAAUUGCCCGAGGGAAAUGAAAAUAGUUCAUUUAAAGCUGCUCUGGACAUGCCGUUGCUGGACACCAUAGACGAUGUCGGCGAAAAUAAUAUGUUAAAAGAAACCUCGUCGGUACUACCAACUAAUGAUUCCACAUAUGCCUCAAUGCCUGAGGAUUCAUCAAGUUUUCUCAACUGCAGUUUGGGUGAUGAUUAUAAUUUUACAGACGAAUCGACCAGAGAAAUAUUUAAGCAAUUACUCGAUGUAGAACCAUUGACUUCCGCAACAACACCAAUAACAACAACGGAUGAGGGUGGGAGGACUAAUAAAGAAGAGGAGGAGGCGGAAACAAUACAUUCUGAUCGAAGUCUUCGAACGGAUAACGAAAAUCCGUCAGAAGAAGACAAAGCAACUAAAGAAACAGUGGCUGAAAAGACUGCUACAGACAUGAAGGAUGCAGAUAAAGAUGUCCUCAAGGAGGUCAGCAAUCCACAGGAAAAGAACCAGAGACAGAAAGAGCCAGAAGUUGCAAUGGAAAAGGAACAAUUUCCAUCUCCAAAAAAUACCGGACUUAAUAUGAGCACUUCAAGUAUCAUAAAUUGUGCGGGGAAAAUACGUAAGCGUCGUAUUACUGUAACAAGUGCGGCAGAUUCAUCACCCAAACUCGCGAAAAUGCAAAGAGAGCAAAUUACCAUAACCAUUACUUCCGGAGGGGAAAACGAAAGCAUUUUCAAUGACAAGAAUGAAGGCAAAGUAAAAUUAGAUUUAUCUAAGAAUAUUGAUACAGCGCCCAUAAAUUUGAAAAAGCAAACCGAACACAGAGCUACUACUUUUACAGAAUGUCGAAACGAAAUUUGCAUCAAAGAAUUGAAUACAAAUAAAUCAGAUAUAUCACCUAGUAUUCAGGAUAAUUCGAAAUCGUUGUGUUCAAUUGAUGAUGAAGAAAAUAAAUUUACGCAGGAGAAAAAAGUUGUGCAAGAAGCAUGUAAAGAAUUGUCCACAAGUCACAAGAAAGAUGCUGAUGGUGGAGUAGUUGUUAAUGCGACCACGAAGUUCAUUAACAAAGCCAAACCUCGAAUGUUUAGCAUUUGUGAAGAGAUUAAGCAUAAUGAAACUAAUAAUAUCAUUGUUAUUACAAUACCAGAACACCCAGAUAUCCAUUGUAAUACUAAAGACAUGGAAAGCGCAGGGGAGGAGCAGGAGGAGCCUAACAAAAUGCAGUCCAAUAAGAAAAUCAAAAAUGAAACCUGUGAAACAACAACGAAGUGUAACGAUACGACCAAAACAACAGAUAUAAUAAAAUCCCUAAAAGAAAAUGUGAAAAAAUCCAACAACAAUACGACGGCUUCAUUGCAAAAUACUAGUGCAGAAAAAUCAAAGGAUAUAAGCAAAUCUUUGGAUUCAAUGUUGGAUAUAGCACAGGACAAUAACAACAAUUGUUCAAAUGACAACAUAGACAACACAAUUCAGUUGAAACACGAUGAUGUCGAUGAUCCUUCUUUUAAUAUUUGCAACGUAACUCAAGAAAUAGACCAACCGGCUGUCUCCUUAAAUUUAAACAAACUGACCAAUGACAAUUGUUUACCACGACAAACCGGAAAUGAUGAUGGCGAAGAAGAUGUUGAAAUGAUGGAUUGCUUGAAUAUAACAGAGGAAAAUAUUAUUAUUGAUCUUUGUAAACCAUUAAAUCUCGAGAAUAUACCUGAGCCUCAGACAGAACACAAAGAGUCCGAACCUGUGGCAUCGGCCAAUAAAAUUCAAAGUAUCGUAAACAAUUUUCAUUCUAACGAGCAGCAGCAACAAAAACAAACUAUUAACACCGAUAAAGAUAAGGAGAAUAUUUCGUCGUUUCAUGAACAACAACAGAAGGUUGAUGCAAUUCCAGUAAACACUUUAAACCAAAAUGGUGAUGAAAACAUAAAGUUUGAUUACCCAUAUACAAAUGAAAGCGAUAACGUGGACAGAAAAUCUCAUCAGGAACCAUUGUAUGAAUCAUCACAUGAAAAAAACUGCCAAGAACAACCCGCUGAUCUCAUCUGUAAAAUUGAAAUUUGUGAUCGGCUUAAUUCGUUUGAGAAAGAUAGUAGUGAUACAUUUCCAACAUUAGAAAUAUCCGAAAGUGAAGAUGAGAUUGGAACCGAACACUCAAUUCCUGAACAUAUUGAUGAAAAACUUCACAUUGAUGAUGAGAAUAUCUCCAAGGAAAAUGGAUUGCAGAAAGAUAACUUUGUAGGGAAAUCGAAAGAAUUGGAAAAUAAUGGAAAAUUCGAAAAUGAGGAAAAGGCUGCCAACAAUAAGCCACCAGAAUUACAAAUGUCUCUACUGGAACUCGAAUGUAAACUUGAAGAAGAGGAUGCAUUAAAUUUUGAGGCUGACGAUGAAGAUUUGGAUGCUCUUGUGCUGGACACAUCAUCUUGUGGUUUUGACUCGCCAAAUGAGGAUCGAUUUCAAAACUCAUCAUCUUUAUCGUUAGGAGACGACAUUAGUGUUAGCCAGCCAACAAAGGUGACAAAUGAAGAGUUACCUAAAAUCUCCCCAACAACAUCAACUCCGACAGACUUUUCCAAUGUUCAACGUUCAACAGAGGUACCUAAAUUUCCAAAUUUAGACAAUAUUUUGAAAAUAAAUGAUAAUCCAAAUUCAGCCUCAGUCGAGAUAUUUAAACAUUUCAAAAUACCGAAAAAAUUAAAAGCAGUCAACAAAACCAAAAUUCAUAAUGACAAUAAUAAUAGGAUACCUGACGCGCAUUUGCAUCCCAUUGUACACUUGGAAAGAAUUCCUUUGAUCAAGGACAAUAGCAUACACAUUAGAGAUUUUUAUGCCAUAAUAAAAUCGAAGGACAAAACAGAUGUAACAAAGAGAAAACUUGAUAGUGAACCAAAAGUAAUGACAAGUAAGGAAAAUCCUGUCCCAGAACAGGGAAACCCUGUUACAACAGCCACAACAAAACAACCAAUAUUUAGAUGUACUUUCAACAAUGUGCCUGCCAUACUAGCCAGUAAAGAGCUGCCUAGUUGUACACAGGGACAAGUACAUAUUCAAAAUUCCAAUCGACAGCAUUGCUCUUCAUACGGCAUAAAGGAAGUAGCGGCAAUUUUUGGCAUAACCUGUCUGCCACAUCUCGAGAAUUUAUGUCACCACCCACCAUUGCUCUGUAAAAUGUCACAUCAAAUGAAUGACCUAGACACGGUAUUCAAUAGUCUAAAUGGCAUGAAUGUCUCCGAUCUAAAUGUGGCAUAUUCAUUUGCCUAUAACCAUCACAAAUUAUAUCGACAAUUUUUCAUUUUAUUUUGCAACAUUUACACACAACGCAACAAUCGCAUGGUGCUCCUGAAAAUGGUAAACGAUUGCGAACGUUAUCCGGAACAAGCAGAAAAUCUAAUUGUACUCUUCGAUGCCUUGGUUAAAUGUGGUCUAAGUCCCUCAAAUGCCUGUCGCCUUAUGCUGAAACGUAGUCGAGAUCGGUCGACACCGGUCAUAGAUGCGCUGGUCGCAAUUAUAAUGAAGACAGGUUGGGCAAUGUUUUCCGAUUACAUUGAAGGCUUUACGAUGGACAAUCAACAAUACCAUUUUCGCAUACCUGUACUAGAGGAAAUGGCUACCGAGCUAUUGAACAGUAGCAACAGUAAUCUCGUACAACUUAAUCAAGUGUUUUUCAAAUGUGUCCAAACAGUACAUCUCGAUGAACUGCCCAUGCUAUGUUCGCCGAACCUAUUGAAGUGUCUUGGUCUAAUGGCAACAAGUAAAUAAAAGUACAAAUGUCAACCCCCAAAAGACACUAAAAUGUACAAAUCUACAUCGCACAAAUCUAUUCUAUACUGACUGACGGUAUGCUGAAUUUUAUUAAUAUUUGUUUUUUUCCAUUAUUUUUUUUUAAUUUUUUUACAGGUUUACCUUUUAAAAAGGUAUUAAAAUGUAUAUUCUCAUUACUUGGUAUAUAUAUAUAAUAUAUUAAAAACUUUUAUGUAUAUUUUAACCAUUUAUUUUUAACAAUUGAUUUAUUAAUGAAACCAUGCUCUAUCCAUCUACAAAAUGAAUUCUUUAUUUUAUUUUGAAAUGUACCAAGUUUUGUAUCCAUGCGACAAUAAAUCAAAUUUUAAUUUUACCU